UUUGUUCCACUUAUGAAUAGUUCUUGCUGGAAGUCCAUCACCCAGAGGCCAGCUCUCCCAACAGCCGGACAACAGCGGAGGAUAGCAGGCCUGUUUCCAUCGCCAUGACACGGGAGGGGCAGUUCAGGGAGGAGCUGGGCUAUGACCGGAUGCCCACGCUGGAAAGGGGUCGGCAGGAUGCAGGACGGCAGGACACAGGCAGCUACACCCCUGACCCAAAGCCCAAGGACCUGCAGCUGCCCAAGAGGUUGCGGCCGUGCUUCAGCUACAAGACAUGGGUAUUCUCCGUGUUGAUGGGGAGCUGCCUUCUUGUGACCUCUGGGUUUUCGCUCUACUUGGGGAACGUGUUCCCUUCCGAGAUGGAUUAUUUGCGCUGUGCAGCAGGCUCUUGCAUCCCCUCAGCAAUUGUGAGUUUCGCUGUUGGAAGGAGAAAUGUCAGUGCGAUUCCCAACUUUCAGAUAUUAUUUGUUUCCACAUUCGCUGUUACCACUACGUGUUUAAUCUGGUUUGGAUGUAAAUUGAUCCUGAAUCCAUCAGCAAUAAACAUUAAUUUCAACCUCAUCCUGCUUCUGCUGUUGGAGCUCCUCAUGGCAGCCACAGUGAUCAUCUCGGCACGGUCCAGUGAGGAGCCCUGCAAGAAGAAGAAGAAGGGUUCUAUCCCGGAUGGCACUAACAUUCUGGAUGAAGUGACUUUUCCUGCUCGGGUCCUAAAAUCCUACUCUGUGGUAGAAGUGAUCGCUGGUGUCUCCGCUGUCCUUGGUGGGGUGAUUGCUCUAAAUGUAGACGAAGCUGUCUCGGGCCCACAUCUCUCAGUGACGUUCUUUUGGAUUUUAGUGGCUUGUUUUCCAAGUGCCAUUGCCAGCCAUGUGACAGCCGAGUUUCCCAGCAAGUGUCUGGUGGAGGUGCUGCUCGCCAUCAGCAGCCUGACAUCCCCACUGCUAUUCACCGCCUCUGGGUAUUUGUCCUUCAGCGUCAUGAGAAUCGUGGAGAUUUUCAAGGAUUACCCACCAGCCAUCAAAUCCUAUGAUGUACUCCUGCUGCUGCUCCUGCUGCUGCUGCUGCUUCAGGGGGGCCUCAACACUGGUACAGCCAUCCAGUGUGUGAGCUUCAAGGUCAGCGCCCGGCUGCAGGCUGCAUCGUGGGACACCCAGACCUGUCCACAGGAGCGCCCAGCAGGGGAGGUGGCCCGAAGCCCCCUCAAGGAGUUUGACAAAGAGAAAGCCUGGAGAGCUGUGGUGGUGCAAAUGGCCCAGUGACUACAGGGCAAAGAAACCGAGUCGUGGUGUCUACCUGGCCCCCAGCGUGUCCAACAGUGCGGACUCUAACUGUCAUGCAGCUACCGCUUUCUAACAUACUCUUUUCCUCCCAUGAGGGCAGCCCGGGCUGCAAGGUGGCUUUUCGUUUCCUGUACUAGUUUAACUUUGAAACAGGCAAAUAUCGACUGUUACAUCCUGUCAGGUGGAUCAGUUCUAUAGGUUCUCAGGUGACCCUGGUGGCCUGGAUAAUCCUUGUUUUCCAGCCCUUAUCACUUCCUGAUUUGAUCCUCAUUCGUGAAACUGGGAGUCAUUUUAGGAAUCCCUCUCUGGCUUAUGAUUUCACUGCAUCUGCACAUCACAGCAAUUUCGUUCCUCCUGUGGGAGGUGAGCCCCAGUGCUCAGGAAAACAGUGUUCCUUUACUGAACUGGGGUGCCAAGGGGUUCUCCUUCAGGGAGGUUAAUGGAAACAACAGAGGUACACUUUGUGCCCCAAAAGAACUGCCAUGGCAGAGAGAUAUUGAAAAAUCCUGCAAGGCUUCUCACUUUUAGAUGUGUGAGACUCUACCAGGAUUCGUGAAGACUGCAGACAUUAUUUGGAGCCAAACAGAGGUGUACCAGUAAGGUACCCGGAAGGUAGGAGCUACCAAGCAGUGCAGCUCCGCCUCCAGCGUUGGGGAGUUCCUGUCCUAUCUUCCUCUUCUGCAGCUCUAGAGGGCUGGACCUGCCUCAAAUAAGUACCCCGGAGGUCAAUUCUUGCCUGCUUACAUGCAGAGCUCUGUGGACUCUGGGCCUACUGCAGCUCUGCCCCAGGCUGUUGGGUGGGGAGAGAGCCACGGGCACACUGGGCUGGCAAGGCAUCUAGUGGGAGACCAGAGACUUGAACUUUCAGGACCAGAAUGAGGCGGUAAAAGGACAGCUGUGGACUUGAGCUUUCUAAUUCCAGAGAGAGAGAGAGAGAGAGAGAGACAGAGAAACUUGUAUAAACAGGGUCUUAAAAAUUGUCUCUUGUACACUUUUGUUUAGUAUACAUUAAUAUGCUUGAGCAAUAAAUCCUAACAUGCAA